AUGUUCCGAUCCCGGUCCCUAGGCCUGGCAAGUCCCACAGACUCCGCACUAGGUGGCGCAGUUUCCACGGCUGGAAAGAGCCCCAGUCAGUCCAGGAGUCUGAAAGGCAAUGAGCCUCUAUGGGGUGAGUUACAGCUGUCCCCCACAACAAAGAGCCCGAACCUCCAGGCCCAGGACCUCCUGCGGCAGAAGUGCUUGUUCGCGCGCCGGGACCCUGCGGGACCAGGGAGCGACCGCCUUGCCGCGGUCACCCCGGGGGCGCCCUGCCCGGAGGCCUCUGCUCUCCCGUGGACGCGGCCAGGCUGGUCCCAUGAGGGGGACUCUUUUGGUAACCAAGUCACUCUGCUUGGGUCGCGGGGCCAACGCAGUGACUGUGCGCGGGCAUCCGGCAGUCGGGGGAGGGGGGUGGCGAGGGGUCGGCCAGGGGUCGCGGGUUCCGCUCCUGGUAGCGGGCCAGCUCCGUGCCUGCCGCGUUGGCGCAACUGCGGGCGGUGCAGGGCAGUUGCUGCCAGGGAGGAGCGGCGGCGGAGGCAGGGCGGGGCGGGCCCCGCCUGUGGAGAGCACUGGGAGGUCGGGCGUGGGGCAGCGCACGGCGGCGGCGGGGCUGCGGUUCAGAUUUCUCCGUGGACAAUGGCAGCCACGAUUCAGGCCAUGGAGAGGAAGAUUGAAUCACAGGCUGCUCGCCUGCUUUCCCUAGAAGGUCGAACUGGGAUGGCUGAGAAGAAGCUGGCCGACUGCGAGAAAACAGCCGUGGAGUUCGGGAACCAGCUGGAGGGCAAGUGGGCCGUGCUGGGAACCCUCCUGCAGGAGUAUGGGCUGCUGCAGAGGCGGCUGGAGAACGUGGAGAACCUGCUUCGCAACAGGAACUUCUGGAUCCUGCGGCUGCCCCCGGGCAGCAAGGGGGAGGCCCCCAAGGUGCCCGUGACCUUUGAUGAUGUGGCCGUGUAUUUCUCCGAGCAGGAGUGGGGCAAGCUGGAGGACUGGCGGAAGGAGCUCUACAAGCAUGUGAUGAGGGGCAACUACGAGACGCUGGUCUCCCUGGACUAUGCCAUCUCCAAGCCCGAGGUCCUCUCCCAGAUUGAACAAGGGAAGGAGCCGUGCAGCUGGCGCUGCCCCGGCCUCAAGAUUCCAGAUGUUCCUGUGGACCCCAGUCCAGAACUGUCUGAUCUCCUGCCACUGAGUAAGUGAAACAGCUGAAAAUGAGAGCCAAGGCUGAUCCCUGUGGGUGCCAAACUUUGAUGUCCAUGGAAUCUGCGGCAUCCCCCAGUCUCCUAGCUGAAAACAGCUACCACCACCAUCAGAGGGGGCUUGAGAGACCGCAGUUACUGUCCGUGGUGUGCCGCUCUCACCCAGAAGGCUACAGACUGCAAGGUGUUCAUCAGAUAAUACUGGGCCAAACACUGGAGACCAUCUAAAUAUCCAUGGGCAGGGAAUUGGUAAAGACGUUACAGUACAUUCGCAGGAUGGAAUGUGAUACAAUGGAAUCGGUAAGCUGGAUCCACUGCACUGGCAUGGGAAGACGCUUCAGUGAAACAUUAAGUGAAAAGCAGAUGCACAACAGACGUAUGAUAUGAGCUCGUUUUGGCUUUAAAAAAUACGUUACAUACAAUUAUACAAUCUGUGAUAUAUUCAAAUCCAUCUCUAAAUGAACUAGUGGAGAUGUCCAAAAGGAAGCUGGAGUUCGAGGGCAGGUCCUGGCUAAAGACAUACAUCUGUGGGUCUCCUGCCCAUUUAAGUCACAGGACGGAAUGAGAUCAGUGAGGAAGUGAGUAGAAAAGAGAAGACGUCUGGGGACUAGGACCUGGGCCAUUAAAUGUUUAGAAAUGGGGAUGCUAAGCAGAGAAUUACAAAGAGAACAACAGAGAAAGAAUGACAGCCCCCAAGUCAUUUCCAAAAAAUGCUACAGAGGGUCUGAGUCAAAGAUGAGAGUCACCCAGGACAGAUGGCCACCAAGGACUGUGACAAUCACAGUUUCAGUGCAGUUGGGUCGGUGUUUCCUGGGAAGCCUCCUGACCCUCCUGAUGGGUGGAACUCCUGCCACAUGCUCCCAUGCACCUGUAUGUCUAUGGAAGCAGGCACAGUUUGCCACAGUUACUGCAAAUGUGCCUGCAGGGUUCAUUGUAUAUCAUGAAUGGUGAAUACAUACAUAAAUUUUGUUCAAAAGUGUGAACAAAAAAUAGAGGCUAUAUUGAUGGAAUGAGAUUCCAGGCAACGCCAAGGGGUGGAUGAAGAACACAGGAUGUGCUCCAGAGAGGAGCAGGCAGGCUUUGUCUCUUAGCCAGGAGGGGAUGAGGAGAAGGUGAAGAUGCAGAGCAGCAGGGGAUGCUGAGAGGCCUCCACAGCCUUGGUCUUCUCAGUCAGGUAGAAAACAGGUCAUCCAAAGAGAAUAGAAGUAGGGUGGGACUCAUUACUUGGGAAGAAGGGCAAAGCGUGAACCAGGCACUGUGGGAAAUGGAGAAGGGUUCAAUUAGAAAGGAAUAAGAUCAUGGCUCAUUAGCACAGAGGUGCUGGUUGAGAUCAGGCUGGUGUAGAUUUGCAGUGGGACUAUAUGGCUCUACAAUUUACUCCAGCAAAGACUGACUCCCUCAGAGCAAAGGUGGGAAAGGCCAAUGGCGAGUGUCUCCAUGGAAGCAGAAGGGCUUAUGAGGGAGGUAGAUAGACCACAGGCCAAGCCCUGAACCGAGCUGGAAUCAUGAGUGAGAGGCCAAACACAGGGUCCUUGAUGGGCAGGCAGAUAGCUGAGCCCCAGGGUGGCUCUCCGCUUAUGGGAACAGAAAGAGGCGGAUAAGAUUAAGGUCAAGAUGAGGAUAAUGAACCAUUUUCAGUAAUGGUAAGGAAAACAGGUAAACAACAGAAGAGGUGUCAUAAAAGGACUUCUCUGAUUCUAAGAUCUUGAAAGAGAAUAGCUUGAGUGAUAAUCAGGUUUGGCUAUGAAUGCUGAACACCCAAAAUGACAAAGGAUUAAAGCAAAACCCAAACAAACCAGAAGCUUCCUUUUCUGCCACAUAAAAGUGCACACAACCAGGUGGUCCGGGCAUGGCACUCCAUUGGGUCAGGAACCCAAUUUCUUCUUUUUGCCUGUCUGGUCGGCUUGGCUAUCAUCCCAGCAUGCCAUUGCCCACAGUAGUGUGUCUACCUCCCAGCCAGCGGGAAGGAGGAAAAGACAAGCGUCUCCAUGUAAGAACAUGCAUCCCUUUCACCUACAUCUCAUUGACCAGCCUUAUGCCUGUGGCCUCACAGCUCCAAGGGCAUCUGGGGAGUGCACUUCUUCUGGGAAGCUGCAUACCCAGCUAAUAACCAAGAAGGAGGGUAGAAGGCACUGGUGGAAAACUCUGAACCUCUGCCUCACCACAGCUCUUGAGAGGCACAGUGAGUGGAGUUUGUGAACAUUCCUAAAACCAGGAAGAUGGAAAUCUCAUGAGGUCAUUGCAUUGGAAGCACAUUGCCUUGCAGUUUGACAUUCCUGAGGAUGAAGGCAGAGGGAGGUGAGGAAAAUAUGAUUGUUAGUCUGGUUCUAAAAAUUUCCUCUAAGUUUGUGGAGUCCCAAAUAUCAGAGAAGACAUCAAUGGGGAGAGGAGAGCCCACGCUCUGAGAACGAGAUGGCUCUGAGAGAGAAGUGUGGUGGGAUGGUAGCAUCUGGAGGCAAUGAGUAGACUGAGGCUGGGAGGGUGAAGGUGGCCUCUCUGUGCAGAGGUUGAAGGGGAAGGAUGGCUUCAGGGAAGGUGGCCUUCAGGUCUGCAAGGAGGGAUAACAAGGAAGAGUUGCAGGGAAAGGUUCAGGAGGAAGGAGAGUGUUUACAGAGCAGCUAGAGGGCUGGUGGGCUUGGGUGGAGGAGCUGAAACAGUAGUGGGGAUACAGGAAGGACGCUGCCCCGAGAGACCAUUUGCACUAUCAGAAAACAUUCGAGGGCGGGACGGGAAAGAGCAAGCACCCAAGUUCCAGGCCAAACUCUUAAGUGUUUGUGAAACUGGAACAGCAGAAACCAUGUCUUAAAACAUUCAAGAUUUUGUGGGUACAUACUGGGUGUGUAUAUUUACAGGGUAUAUGAGCUGUUGUGAAACAGGCAUGCAACGGGAAAUAAGCACAUCAUGGAGUAUGGGGUUUCCAUCCCCUCUAGCAUUUAUUCUUUGAGUUACCAGUGCCACUUUUUGGAGGGGAAAACAAGUACUAAAUGAAUCAAAAGGAAUCCGCUUUGUUGAAAAGGAGUUUAUGAAGUACAUCAUUGAAGAUUAAGGAAGUCCUGUUUUUCAGGCUCCUGUCUCUUAUAAAGAAGGUCAGAAGACACAGGAUAUUUUCAUCUCAGGGAGUAGAGCAAAGCACCGUUUGCUAAACGAUCAAAUGAGACAGAGCCUCAAGUGACACCACACUUGACCAGGCUGUAUCUUUAAUGCCUUCUUUGUUGUGUUUUCCUGCCAUUCAAGGUAGAGAUAGUAAGACUCUCUUGCUGUCACAUAGCCUGUUUUUAACCUAUCUAAAACAUUACAAGAGCCUGUUUUUAACCUAUCUAAAACAGAAACUUCAGUUGUUUAUAUAAAUUUGAAGAAUUAUUAAAUGUUUUAGGUAGUUUUGGAAAAGGUUCAUAAAACAGGAUUAGUGUGAGGGAUACUAAAAAUCAUGAAUUGUACUUCCGAAUUCUAUGCUGUAUUGCUGAACCUCCAUGAAUUUUGAGAUUUUGUAUCAAAAACACUGUUCAUUCUCCAAAGCAUAGAAAGCCAUCAUGUCCUUUAGUUUUUGAGAUUGUUACUACCAAAUACCCAGUGAUGACCUGUGAAUCUUCCUGCCAGAUUUCCCCUAAUAGGUCCUUCAGCCAUUUGCCUGGAAACUGCAUUGUGGAGUGGGAAAUAGCCACAUAAUUUUGGGAUUAUUGGUUGUCUACUGCAUCUGUGAAGUUUCUGGAGGUUCAGUAUUCUGGGGAGCAUCAGAAUAUCCCAGGGAAGACCACAUCCUGCAUCUUGCUUUGUUUAGCUACCACCACCAUCAGAGGGGGCUUGAGAGACCGCAGUUACUGUCCGUGGUGUGCCACUCUCACCCAAAAGGCUACAGACUGCAAGGUGUUCAUCAGAUAAUACUGAGAUGAGCCUUAGAUGACUGACUAAAAGGUUCCAGUUGGGUUGCUUUUUACCUGUUCUUAUUUUUGCUUACCAAUUUUGGAAUCUGACUCCAGCUUCCUUUUCCUUGCAGGGCCCAUGAUCUGUAUCUGUCUGCAUGGAGAGAAAAGAGGCCGGUAAGGUCAGGUCAGUUCUCUAGGAAGCCCCAGCAGACUUCCUCCAUCGUCCUCCUCUGGUCCUGAGUCUGCAGCACCCCCAGGUGGGAAAUCCAGAACACGGAGCCAAAGUCCAGGAUUUGGCACUCUGAGCUCCCAAAUCUAAGCUCAUUAGAUUUCUCAUGCCCGGAGGAGGUGGACAUGAGGCUGCCGCUGGCUCAUGUAGUUGUGUGCCUCAGCACAAGCUGGGUGCUGUGGAGAAUACAGCAGGAUUUAGAGACAUGGCCCAGCCCUCUCUUGGGGAUCACAUGGAUGUGCCUGGGGAGAGUCCCGACAACUCUGAGGAAGUGCUGGAGUGCUACUCAGAGGGCUGCAGAAGGCAGGGGUCUGUGCCUCACAAACUUGAAGUUCAUAAAAUCGCACUUUGGGAGGCCAAGGCGGGUGGAUCACGAGGUAAAGAGACCGAGACCAUCCUGAUCAACAUGGUGAAACCCUGUCUCUACUAAAGAUACAAAAAAUCAGCUGGGCAUGGUGGCGCGUGCCUGUAAUCCCAGCUACCCAGGAGGCUGAGGCAGGAGAAUUGCCUGAACCCAGGAGGUGGAGGUUGUGGUGAGCUGAGAUCGCGCCAUUGCACUCCAGCCUGGGUAACAAGAGUGAAACUCCGUCUCAAAAAAAAAAAAAAAAAAGUUCAUAAAAUCACCUGAGGAAUUGAGUCAGCACUUCGGAGAUACUGUGGGUCUGAGAUUAGAUAUGCUGUGUUAUUUUUUUCCAUGGUGGAUCGGGAGGAGCUUAUGACCCAGGACCCACUUUGAUGACUAAAAGUAAAACAGGUAGGGGGCACCUGGAUUUGAACCAGGGACCUCUUGAUCUGCAGUCAAAUGCUCUACCCCUGAGCUAUACCCCCAGUGGUAAGAGGAUAGUGUAAUUCACCCCCUUUUCAUGUGUCCCCAGCACACCAAGAGCAAGACCCAGCUCUGCCGAUUGGGAUGUCCAAUCCAGUUCUGUUUCUCUGAACUCUGGCCUCCUGUCACUAUUACUUCUGUCUCCAUCCCUUCUGUGAACACCUGGCUGAGGACACGCUGGUGGCCUGGUUGAGCUUUAUGACUGGAGAGACCCUUCAAGUCAUCCAGAUAAUCCUCUGACAGUAGCUGUCGAGCAUCAUGCCAGGUGUGCUGGGCUGGGGACAGAACUCUAACUGGGUGACACCACCUUCCCCUGCACCGAAAGGAGACCCAGAGUCUGUGUCUGGAGGCUUGUAUUUGAUGUAGAAUACUGUUUGUGAUAAUUUGUCAAGUGAAAAGCAAAUUGCUUUUGUUAAAAAAAAAAGUUACUCAACAAAUACUACUCAGCCUUUUGAAAGUGUGGCACAUAUACACCGUGGAACACUGUGCAGCCACAGAAAAGAAUGAGAUCAUGUCCUUUGGAGCAACAUGGAUGGAGCUGCAGGGCGUUAUCCUUAGCAAACUAAUGAGGAGGAGAAAACCAAAUGCCACAUGUUCUCACUUCGAAGUGGGAGGUAAAUAAUGAGAACAUGUGGACACAGCAGAACACCACACACUGGCACCUACCUGAGGGUGGACAGUGGAAGGAGAGAAGAUCAGCCACUAUAUGCAUAGUAUGUGGCUGAUGAAAUAAUCAGAUCCCUGUGGCAUGAGUUUACCUAUAUGACCUGCAUGUGUACCCCUGUACCUAAGAUAAAAGAAAAAAAAAAACAUUAAAAAGAUGGUACUCUACAGAGUACCACUUCUAGGAAUUUACCCUUCAGAAGUAUUCAUAAAAGUGUAUGAAGACACAUGUAAGCAGAUGUUCAUCACAGUGGUUUUGAAUUCCUCGCAGCGAAACACUGGAGAUCAUCUAAAUAUACAUUGGCAGGGAAUUGGUUAAAACCAGACUUUGUCUCUUAGCCAGGAGGGGAUGAGGAGAAGGUGAAGGUGCAGAGCAGCAGGGGAUGCUGAGGGGCCUCCACGGCCAUGGUCUUCUAAGUCAGGUAGAAAAUAGGUCGUCUAAAGAGAAUAGAGAUAGGGUGGGACUCAUUACUUGGGAAUAAGAGCAAAGCGUGAAGCAGGAUUGUGGGAAAUGGAGAAGGGUUGAAUUAGAAAGGAAUACGGUCGUUGCUCAUUAGCAGAGAGAUGCUGGUUGAGGUCAGAAUGGUGUAGAUUUGCAAUGGGACCAUUUUUCUGUGUCUACAGUUUUCUUCUGUAAGAACUGGCUACCCCAGAGCAAAGGUAGGAAAGACCAAAGGUGUGUGUAUCCCCAGAUGCAGAAGGGGAAGGUAAACAGACCACCGGCCAAGCUCUCAGAGGAGCUAGCAUCAUGACUGAGAGGCCAAACAUGGGGUCCAUAAUGGGCGGGCAGAUAGCUGAACCCCAAGGUGGCUCUGGGGUCGUAGAAAGAGAGAGAGAAGUACAAGAUUAAGGUCAGAAUGAGAAUAAUGAACCAUUUUCAGUAACAGUAUGGAGAACAGGUAAACAUCAGACAAGGUACCAUUAAAGGACUUUUCUGAUUUUCAGAUCUUGAAAGGGAAUAGUUUGAGUGAUGAUCAGGUUUGGCUAUGAAUGCUGAACAGUUAAAGCAAAAUGGAAAGAAACCAACCAGAAGCUUCCUUAUCUGCCGCUUAAAAGUCCACAGCUAGGUGCUCCAGUAACUCUGCAGCUUCCUGCUGUGUUUGCUCUGCUGGAGAGCCUUCUGCACAGCCCGUGCCCUGGGACUUCCUCCAGCCUCACCGGGACAUUCUUCCCAUCUCUGUCUCCUGCCUGUGAGUCUCUUCUUCCUGAUUCCAAGUCUCGAAUGCUUAUUAAUUUACUUCCUCAUUUUGGCAGAGGAUGUCCUCCAGUUGCUUUCUGGGACUGGUGAGUAGAGGUGCAUUUUUAAAGACUUUACAUGCCUCAGAAUGUCCAUAAUUCUAUUUACACACCUGAUUAGCAGUCUGGGUACAUAGAUUUCUAGUUUAACUUACAAUCCUUCAUAUUGUGAGGAUUUUUCCUGUUGUCUUCUAGUGUCUAAUAUUGCUGUUGAAAAGUCAGGUGCAGUUGUGAUCCUCUAUCUUUUGUCUGUCACCUGUUUCUUUCAGUUUUUAAGCUUUGACGAUCUUCCCUUUUGUCCUGAUAUUCUCUAAUUAUACUAUGAUGAAGAUAAUUUUUUAUUCAUUGUGCUGGGCAUUUGGAGAAUCUUUUCUAAUGGAUAGCCAAGUCCUUUCCUUAUGCGUAAUCUUCCUGUAUAAUCUCCUGUCCAUCAUGUUCUCUUUUUGGGACUUUUAUUAGUGUGUGUUUGUUUGUUUGUUUGUUUGUUUGUUUGUUUGUUUUGAGACAGGGUGUUGCUCACCAUAACGUUGAACUCCUGGCCUCAAGUGAUCCUCCCAUCUUAGCCUCCUGAAUGGCUAGGCUUACAGACAUACCCCAUUAUGACGAACUAAUUUUUUUUCUUUGUAGAAACAGGGGUCUUAACUGUCCAGGCUGGUCUUGAACUCCUGGCCUCAAGUGAUCCUCCUACCUGGGCUUCCCAAAGAGCUGGGAUUAUACACAUGAACCACUACACCAAGCCUACUAGUUGUUUUUCACACAUCUUGGUUUUAACCUCUGACUUUAUUAUUUUUAUCUCUCUUAUUAUCUUUUCCUUUGUCUUUUUGUUUUAUUUUACUUUCUGGGAAACUGCCUCACCUUUAUUUUUCAAACUCUCUAUUUAAUUUUUUAUAUCCUCUAUCCUUUUUUCUUAAUUUCAAACAUUAUCUGUUCUCUAAGUGACCCUUUUUAUGUGUCUUGUUUAACAGAUGGAAUACUUUCUCAUAUCUCUCUCAGGAUACUGAUUCGUUUCUUUGAUGUUUUCCUCUCUUCCCAGCUAAUAUACAAGUGAACCAAUGACCUGCAGUUCUGUCUGUGCAGGGAUAAUGACCAGUCAGAUUCUCUCUUUUCAAGAUGUUUAACAUAACAGAUGCCAAGAAAGGGAAAAGGAGCUGACAGCAGAGGGGGAAGCUGAAAAGACAUGCAAAGAAUGGCCAUAAAAGAUAUGAGUAUGUCGAAUGAUGAGUGAUCAGAAACUCCGAGUGAUGUGGUACAGGUGUUAGUAGAGCAGGAAAGCCGACGAUCAGGUUGGCUGUCAGUGAGGUCCUGUUAGAGAAGGGGCAGUCUAGGCCUGAGUCCUAAAGCUUCAUUAGUGAUGUCAGAAGUCACAGUCCCAGCUUCAAAGGCCUCAGUUGUCUGAAUAUUUCUGGAUCCCCACGAAAAGCCCAUGACUCCUGUUUUAUUCUCACUGCACACCCCUGCCUAUGAUGACCCUGAGACACUCCAUGCCUUCUAACCCAGUGGCAAUAUCAUCAGGGUGGGAGCUGGCUGGCUGCUCAGAUGCCCCCCAGGCAGAGUCUCAUCAUAAGCACCAUGUUUAGGUCUCACCUUUCUGCAAUGUUUCAAUUUCACCCAAAGCCACAGUUUCAAAAAAUGAACAUUAUUUCACGACUCUGGAUCUUCCCAUUAUAGAACUAUUCACACUCCCUAAUCAGGGCUCCCUUCCCACAUUAGGACAGGCAGGGGGACUCCAGCAAGGCCGGCGUUAGGGUGGAGGUGGCUGUGCAGCCCCUGGGGUAUUUGCUGCUCUAGGCCAGAGCACCCUACCUCUGCCUGCCCAGCAGCAGAGCCCCUCUCCAGGGAUUAUUCAGGUCCUGCUGGGAGGAACAAACAGCAAGUCACUGGACCCUUCCCCUUCAGAUAUGUUAGAAGGACUUCCUAAGUCCCCGUCAGCAACACAUGUACAAACUGUCUGUUGGAGAAGGUACCUUCUACAGAGAGGCAUGCCCAUCAGAUUCUCAGAAGGUGAGCUGAUUUUCAAGUUACAGUAGCUCCGUAGCUACCAGAAGAGCCCAAGUGAGAUCUGACGAAGUGGUUCUAGCCUCUCUAUCCACCUGCCCUCCAAGGAGCUGAAGACUUCAGGCUGAGGAGGGCUGGCUGAAAUGGUCGGAAGACGGGACUGAAAGGGAAGCAAGGCUUGGCCUCUUAGCAGGGGAGCACACCUGCUAGUAAGCCGAAGCCACUCUAGGUGUGAAGAAAGAGCCGCAGGCAAGAAGAGCAUGGGGCUCAGCUCCCAGAGUCAGAGAUACUGCUUGGCCAGCCCAUGCCAGUGCUAGGGUACAGUAGCUGAGUGCAGACCAAAAGGCCUUGCUUCCAGUCUAAGCACCCUUCGUCUGGGCUUGCAUUUAAUCAGCAAAGACAGUUCUGCACUUCUCAGUUCUUUGACCCAAGAAGCCUCAUUCUGAAUCUGGAAAGUCUGUAAAUAAAACUACGGUUAACUUUGAAUAUCACAGGUUUGAACUGUGGGUCCCCUUAACACAGAGAUGGUCUUCUGCCUUUGCUGCCCCAAGACAGCAAGUCCAGCCCCGCCUCUUCCUCUUCUUCUUCGGCCUCCUCCGUGAAGAUGACAAAGAAUAGGACCUCUAUGAUGAUCCACCUCCUCUUCUAUAGCUCCCUGUCCCCACGCACUGCAGGGCCCACUCUUGAUGCCGGCCGGUGCUGAGGCUCCUCCCUCCUGCAUGGCUCCUGCCUGUAGCUCUGCAAGAGCAAGGCCACGCUUCCUACAUGAGGCUCCAACUUCCUUCCUCGCAUCAAAACUUGCAAAGAAAUGGACUGGCCCCUUAGAAGCUGUUGUUGCUUUUGAGUCUAUGGAGAGACUAGAUGGAGUGAGCCCAGCAGAGCAUGCUGGGCAAGAGAGGUCCUGCGUCCCAAAUCAGAAUUUCAAGUGGUACAAAAUGAGGCAGUAAACCUGCAUGUGGAGGUCCGAUAUCACUUGCAGAAGUGAAUUGAACAGAUGUCUCUCUUUUGGUAAGGAUGUGGUUUUAUUGACUUGAAAUAAGAAUGUUCUCGAGCAACAGCUGGUCACCCAUGGGAUGCUGCCACAAGGAAUAAUUGAGCACUGACUCAGACACAGGGGAAACCACUGCCUCUGCCAGUCUUUCUCCCAGAUUCCAGCAGUCAGCGUUGAGCAUUUCACCUUGUUCACCUCCCUGGGAAGACGUUGCAGCUCACUUGCCCCAGUGGGCACUGGGAGGCUCUGCUCGGGUGGGAAACAGAUGCCCCCCAACAUGUACAUCUGGUGUUUCCCAUAUGAAGCAGGUACAGGGGUCCUCACGUGAACACAGGAGCAGGGAAGUAGCCCCAGGGCAUAGUGUGGAGCCUCGUAUGGGGAAACAGGGAUUAGGGAGGGGCAAGGAAGAGGAGUUGGCCAAGAGGUAGCAGGUGGUCAUCUAGACGGUCAUGAUGGGUGAGGGGUCUGGCAUCUCACUUUUCAGAUGUGGGGAUCUGGUAAAUUUCGGUUUCUUAUUACUAUCUGGGAAGACUGCUGGUAGGUUUCCUGAGAACACAAAUGUAAAUUUUGCCUUGGGUUUCAAGAAGGAGAGGGUCAAUUUCUAGGUUUAUUCAAGAAAAACCAUAAACCUCAGUUCUACAGGACAGUUGGGCCUGUUUCAAGGCUCUGAGGAUAAGGAUUAAUGAGGGGACAGAGUCACCUGGAGAACUUCACUGGGGCCUACAAGAAACUACAGAGGCUUUCUGGCAAAGCUCUCUGCUGUCUACUCUCUCUUCUCUCCUUGCAGGAAGAUUCCAAUACCAUUCCAGACCCCAGAGGUGAAACGGAUUUUGUUCAAUAAGUAGAAAACUGAAGGGCUGUGGGAGGCACAUGGAUUUUAACUAGAGCCCUCUUGGCCUGCAGGCAAAUGCUCUACCUUGAGUUGCACCCUUCACUUGUUAGAACUGUUUCUGAUAAGUGCCUGUGCAGCCACAUCAACACCUCAGUUUCUUCUUGGUCAGUCCAUCGGAACAGCCCCACUGCAGACAACCCAUUCAUGCUCUCCUCUUUCCCUAAACCCCAACCCCCUUCCACCUGUAGGCAAUCCACAGGCCUACAGCUUCUCCUCUCAGUGGGAAAGACAUCAGCUUGGAAAACCAUUAACUUUAUCCUAGAAAGGCUUUUUAAAUGACCCAGCAGAGCAAGUCCUCAGACGGCCUUGGCCAACCCAGUGCGUCUCUCUUUUCUUGGUUGUAGUUCUCAGAAUAACUGGAGAAUGUGCCGGGAGUGCUGUGUCCUGAGAUAAGGAGGAACUAUCCUAAACCCGGACUCUGUUCCCCUCACACCUAGAACAGGACGUCCUGCAGCACGUUAGCCCAAUGAUCCAAAUUGCCCUUGGGGUAUAAAACCGAGAGCAGAGGGUGUUCAGGGUCCCUCAGCUGCAGUGUGAAGUGGGACACACAAAGGUGAGACUCCCUUCUGCCCUGGGCAGCUUCCUGAGCCUUGGGGGACCAGCUCACCCGAAAUCCCAGGCUUCUGUUGUCCCUUGCCUGUCUGAGGAAUAAAGUUGCUUUGCUUAA